AUGCGAACGUGGGCGAGUCUUUCAGCGGGCCUGAGGUCUUCGUCGUUGACUCCGACAACUGGAGGCAACAUACCUACGCAUUGUAGUGCGAGCUCACAGACUCGAGACCUUGUAUUCCAGGGCGAUGUUCUCCGCACUUUGGCCCGAGGAACCCCUCACGAAACCAUUCAACACCGCUACCACCAUAGCCAACGAUUGACAAAUCGGGAGCCUCGACGAACAUUUUCAAGUACAACAGCGACGCGAAUCAGACUGGAGGAUGAAGAAGACGAGGAACUUGAGCCGCAAAAAAAUGGCAGGGCUUCGAAGAAGCCAGUGCGACGACCGCCUCCCCCGAAGGACUUGAGAACUAUCAUCUUGUCACGAGAACCGAAGCCUCGCAAACCCAAACCUAUUGACCCAGAGAAGGUUCGGGAGAUCGAGGCAAAGGUCCAGAUGCUCUCGGACCCACUUCAGCUGGUCAAUGAGUUUCUUAAUACGAAAUACAUGCAUAUUGAAGACCAAAUCGCGAGAGCCCACCAAGUAACUGAGGAGAUUUUCUGUUCUCACAUCGAGGCUCUGAAGCCCCUGGUGCUCUGCAGUGAGGUAGCUUGUCAGCGAAUGGAACAUCAAUAUUGCAAGAUCGCCUACCGCAAGACACCCAAGUGGACGGCAGCCAUCUCAAAGAUUGAAAAUGCUGUUACUCGAUUGCGAUACCAGUUUAUCACCGAGCGCAUAGAAGAUUCCCAGCUAUUCAUAUACCAUAUGAGAGCGCUACUUGAGCGAGAAUACCUGAACCCUCGGCAGUCGGCUAGGGCCAAGAUUGACAAGCUUCUACACCCCACUGAGGAUAUGAGGGAAGAAUAUAGAUCGCUCCAAUCCUUGGGGACGACAGUCAUAACGGGACUAAGUGAAAUCAAAUCACUAAUCGUUCCGCUGAAAGUUCUCGACGAGCAGGGGCCUGACCUCCCUGGUCUAGGAUUCCAGGACUAUCAAAAUGUUCUUGAGGCCCACAAGCAAGACUUUGCCAUGGCCGCACACAACUAUCGCGCCUUGUGGUUCAUGAGGGUGCAGAGUACAUUUCUCGUCGAGUCGCAGUUCUGGAGCGCCAAAAGGCUCACUUCUAAUCUCAUUGAAAGUUUGCCUGAAAUUAAUCCACGCAAAACAUUAUCGCUUGUGUUCAAAGGCGGCCUAUUGCAAGGCGAUGACGAAGCUGUAAGAAAAUCAGCAAGAGUUUUCCUGUCUUCUCAUAAGACCCAAACCCAGGUCGCCAGUCGCCUGCGAAAGUCAUAUACGAAAAAAUGGAGUGGGGCGAAGCCUCCCAAUAGCCCGGAGCUAAAUAAGGUCUGGCGACAGCUUGAUGUGAUGGCUUUAUUUGAAACCCAACAGGCCUUGAAUAUGUCGUUGCAGUAUGAGGUUUGGAUAUUGAUGAAAUCCCUUGAAGGGAAGUUUGGACCAAUGUGGCCUGGUCUUGACACCGCCACGAGCCGUCAACUCCAGAAGAACCUACACGAAUUCAGCGUGUCGUUCAAUCGAUCUCGAAAGCUGUUCACGGCAGAACUUGAAAUGUACAGACUAGCCAAUUGGGCUCGACUAAACGUCGAAGAGAAGCUGUACAGGCUAGGGGAGCCAAAUGAUAUCCAUGAACGAGGUCUUUUCAAGGUGUUAAAGCCGCUCAGUCAGGAUCACUCACGUUUCUCUUACUGGGCAAACCAGUUUGUUGCUAUUGCUUACAAAAAUUGGAAUUUGAAUAAAUUUCUCAAGUUCAGCAUGGAAGAAGAUGAGGCAAGUGCGCAGAGCUACUAUGUUCGCUUGGCAGAAGACCAUCUUGAACAAUUGAACAGACCGUCAAGUUUUGUGCCAGAGAUCGGCACCACAGACACCAGCCACAGUCGUCCUCAGCGAAAUAAGGAAAUUAACGUAAAGCGUCCUUUGUUUCCAAUGCCGAGCAAAAUGGGUCCCAGCGAGGUAUCGAGCGCACUCGAGGCACCAUUCCUUUCAUUAGAUGAUGCUGCAAUAAGUACAUCAUCCUCACCACCACAAGUCCUAAGCUCUCCAAAGAACUCUCAGGAAAUUAAAUCGAAAAGGCGCAUCAAAGCCAGUAAAGGCAGGGAAACCAGAAGGCGCAAAAGAGCAGCAGAUCAUGAAAAUCAGCUCAAGUCGCCUGGAAAGAACGCUUUCGGUCAUGAAUUGGCCAAGGAGUCAACCAAUUCGAGCCCUCCAAGACCCAAGAAAGAGCAAGCCGUGCAACAUCUUGAGAAUCGGCUUUUGGCCAAGCAAUCGUCCAAGACUUCAAUAGAGAAGUUUGCCGAUAAAUCGAUUGAUCGCAAUCUUGCAAAGACCGACAAGAAAGAAAGUCAGCAACAAGGAAGACAGCGCCGUGUCAAGCAAGCGACCAAGGAACUGACUGAUACAAGGCCUCCAAGGCCCGUGAAAAACCCAAAGGCACAGCAACAAAAGUCUCGCUCAAAGCCAAAGCCGGAACCAAGCCAGAAACCGCCAGUCGAGGCAGCGACUUCUAUAUCCAAGCCUACUGGCUCCAAGGAAAAGAAUGGCACUGCACCAGCUGCAUCCAGAGCGAAGUCUAGACGUCCUGUACAGCGGCCUAAUGUGAUCAAGCGACAACCAAAACCGGCCCUUGGUCCCUCGCGAAACCCACCCCUGGGUCGCGAUGUUCAACGGAAACUGGACUUGGACUUUUUGAGCGGCCAGCCAGGUGGCACCCGGCCAUACAGCACUAUCGCAGGUUUUUCUGAGACCAAGACCAAUGGAGACGGCGUUGGAUGCACAGAUGCACAGUCGUUGCCUCUUAGUUCAUCAUCAGCUGGGGAAACCGCAGAGGGCUCGGAAGAAACUGUCAAGGAUGGGCCAUCUCCGCUAUUCUGGACCCAUAAAUCGCAACGCGGCCCUGCCGGACAGAAGCUGAUGGUGCAUUACUGCCGAACCCUGGAAAGCACUGAAGAAAUUGCUCGGCUAUUCCUCGAUAGCAAAGUCAUUGGUUUUGACAUGGAAUGGAAGGCGCAAGCGUCUGCGUGGGACAGCAUACAGAGCAACUUAUCUCUUAUCCAAGUCGCAAAUGAGGAGCGCAUUGCACUCUUCCAGAUCGCACUUUUCAGGCCAGGCCAUACCCUGAAGGACCUCGUGGCGCCGUCCCUCAAGCAACUACUUGAAUCGCCUGAUAUCACCAAGGUCGGCGUAUCCAUCAAGGCAGAUGCGACUCGUCUGCGCAAAUAUCUUGGCGUUGAGGCUACGUCUAUCUUUGAGCUCAGCCACUUAUUCAAAUUGGUGAAGUAUGGCCUGACUCAGCCGAAGCUUGUCAAUAAGAGAGGUGUCAAUCUUAGUGACCAGGCUGAGGAGCAUCUUGGAUUGCCUCUUGAAAAAAGUGAGGACGUGAGAUGCGGUGAUUGGACUCGUCCUUUGAACUAUCGUCAAGUUCAAUAUGCCGCUACGGACCCUUAUGCUUGUAUUUGCUUGUUCAACAUUAUGAACAAAAAAAGACAAGCUAUGGACUCUGUCCCGCCUCUUCCCGCACAUGCGGAACUCAACCUGCCUAUUGUUCUUCCCCCUCGCGAAAAGGAGCCCAUAACCUCGAGUUCAGUUGAUGAUUUUGGGGACAUCGAUACCGGUCGUGCUUAA